ACUGUCAUACUUGGCACCUUGGUGUGUUUUCUGACAUACCGUGAAACACGUUGGGGCUUUGUCAUAAGCCAAAUCUGAGUGUUAGCUUUGGGGUAUGAGCUACUUCAGCUGUUUGGUUUUUGUUUUGAUCGCUCGGUCAGUUAGCCUGCGUGCGCACCUUACUCGUUUUAAAGACACUGAAGAUUUUCUCGCCCAAAACGCCUUCUUUGCAUGGUUUUAGUUGGCGAUGAGGACGUCUGAACAUUGACAAUGUCAUAUUUUAUAUAUAUAUAUCGUCAUCACUGCUAACAAAUGAAUACAGCUAGCUAGCUAGCUGUAUUCAACCCAAGUUUGGGAGAAACUUGAGCCAAACGUGAACUCCGUAUUCGAAGCUAAUAUAUAAAAUACGUUUCUGUGUCUUAACAGCUUUGAACAACAGUUAAACGUAACACCGAGAUAUGACUGUGAGAGCACAGUGACCAGUAUCACUGUAGGAUGUUGGCAAGUUCUCGGAUUCUGACUUGGUCUUGCCCCAAAAGAUCAUUACAGCUGUUAAGAGACUCUCAUCUCUGUGGUUUUUCCGAGAUCACAUGUGCUGGAUGGCAGGGAGCAAGUCACGAGAAAGGAAGGAGACACUCAGAAAUAAGUGGAACAGGCACCCACAAGGAUGGACCAUCCACAGAGACUGUUUAUAGUUCAGCACCAGUAUCUUCUUGUAGCUUCAAUUAUAAGCUGAGACAGACACGGUUUGAAAACCCUCUAUUCAAAGCCAUUUCAUUAAACCACCACCAUUCUGCCUCUACAAAAACCAAACAAGUGUGUGAUCCUGUGCGCACUUACUGGAACUGUUUAGUCAAAAUAACCUGUCUUCAGCGCUGGAGAAAACCUUGGGACUUUCACCUGCCUUCUUUUAGCCGCACCAGUAAGACUCAGUGUAGCCUUCUUCAAAGCCAUUUAACUCAUGGACAAGACUUCGUUAGACCUCUCAGCUUGUCAGCACAUAGUCCCUGGACUUUAGAAAACAAGCACAAUAAACCACAACUCCCUACCCUCAGUUUCCACCAAACCAUAGCUACUCAUCAGGCUGCCACGUGCGUGUCGGAUACCUGGAGAGAUUGCUUAUCCCCUGGGAAUGAAAACAGAUGUCGACAGCACUUGGGCCCUAACUUGAAGCUCUACGAGUUGCAGAAGGGGAGGAAAGAACGAAAUCAGAGAUGGGCAUCCGUCCUGGUCUCCCUCUGCUCUCUUGAUGGGGAGCCUGCAUUUCUCUUCACCCUGCGGUCCAGCACUCUGAAGGGCAGGCACAAAGGAGAUGUCAGCUUUGCUGGAGGAAAGAGCGAUCCUUCAGACAGUGAUGUGGUGGCCACAGCAUUGCGGGAAGCCAGGGAGGAGCUGGGUGUAAAUGUGAGAAUAGAAAAGGUGUGGGGCGUCCUGAAGCCACUAAGAGAUGCGUCGGGCAUGGUUAUUGCUCCUGUGCUGGCUAACCUCGGUCCUCUAGAGGAGCUGAACUUCAAACCAAACCCUGGGGAGGUGGAUGAGAUCUUCACCCUGUCCUUGUCUCACUUGUGUAACCCCCAAAACCGAGGCUACACACACUUCCGCACCGGUGACAAAUACGGAUACACUCUUCCGGUGUUUAGGAAUGGCAAAUAUCGAGUGUGGGGCCUGACUGCUGUUGCCCUAGACCAUACCCUGAAACUCAUUGUCCCUCCAUAAUGGCGCACAACAACUGAACUCAACAACUGAAGGAUUAUUCUGACAAAUAUAAGCUUUGCACCAAGUGAAUCUGAGCAAAUCCAAAAUAGUUUAAUACAGCCACUUUUGUUUUGGAAGGUAAAUUCCUCUCUUGAAUUUAUUCGAGUGAGGAAGAAGCACUUUCUGAGCCUUAAAUUUGUAUGAUUGUUUAAAAAUGAAAAGCAGGUGUUGGAAGCUUUUCUAAGGAAGAACGUGAACCUGGUGGGUCAACGUUAUAAUUUUACACCGAGUGAUUCUUAUUCAAACUCUUUACGUUUUUAGGUAAGUCUUUUAAUUAUUUCUAUAAUAAAAGUUACCACCUGGGUUGAAAUAAAAUCAGUGAGUUGCUUUCUCAGAUCAAUUAUGUCACAUGACUGUGAAUUGUUAAAUGUUUGUCAGGGCAGCAAAGUACCGCUGUGACAGCCUGUUUCCUGUGUUAGCUAACAUUAGAUCAAUGAAGUAAUCGGAGUAUUUAGGAGUGAUGUGGUAUGUUGAAGAACAAUGCAAUAAACUUUGUUUUAAA